GGCUUAAAUGUACAUUUGUAAUAUUUUAUUAAUGAUUUAUUAGUAUUUAUGUGCCAAGCUUUAAUUUUUAGAUUGCAAUGUCUCGUGUAUUUGUUGUAACUGGAUCUAAUCAGGGUAUUGGGAAAUCUAUUGUUAAACUGCUUCUUCAAGACAAUGAGAAAAAGAUUGUUUAUCUUACUUCAAGAAACAAAGAAAAUGGGGAAGCAGCAGUCAAAGAUCUGCAAGAUCUUGGUUUGCAACCUGCCUUUCAUCAACUCGAUAUCACUGAUCGAAAAAGUAUUGAAACGUUGCGUGACUACUUAGUGGAAAAACAUGGUGGUUUGGAUGUUUUAGUUAACAAUGCUGGAAUGGCGUACAAGUCGUCAAGCAACGCUCCAUUUUCAGAACAGGCUGAAGUUACCGUUGAUUGCAAUUUCUUUGGUACACUUGCUGUUUGUGAUAUAUUAUUUCCAAUUUUAAAACAAAAUGCUAGAGUUGCUCAUGUGUCUAGUUUUACAUCAGAAUUUGCAUUUAACAAGUUGGAUUCUAAUAGAAAAGAACAGUUUACAGACAAGAAUCUUAAAAUAGAAGAUUUAGAAAAAUUGCUUAAAGAAUUCGUAAACGAUGCCAAAGAGGACAAGGUUACGGAAAGAGGAUGGGCCAAAUCUGGAUAUGCUAUGUCGAAACUUGGAGUGGCGCUAAUGUCAAAAAUUCAACAAAGAGAUUUAGAUACAAAAUUUCCUGAGAAAAAUGUACUUGUUAACAGUUGUUGUCCAGGUAUUGUAAACACAAAUAUGACAGGAGGAAAAUAUCCGAAUGCAAUUACUCCUGAUGAAGGUGCAGACACACCAACUUAUUUAGCACUGCUACCAAGGGAUGUGAAUGAACCAAAAGGUUGUUAUGUAAAAUCUAGAAAAGUUUCCCCUUUUCCACCUAAGCAAUAGGAGAAAAUGACAUAGACAAUAAAUGACACUAUUUUUGAAGAAUGACAUACACAAUUUGACACUAUUUUUAAAGAAUGACACUAAAUGACACUCCAUAUAAACAAUUACAUUCAACUUAAUUUUUUAAAUUUUAAUAUUAUUUUUUAUCUUUGUUUAAUUCGUAUCUCUAAUCAAGUAACUUUAAAUAAUAAAUUGAAAGUUCUGUAUGUUUGAAAUUAUUAAAUAAAUAAUUGCACAAAGGGAAGAAAUCAUUAAUUUGCCAUUAAUACUUUCUUUUUUCUGCAGUUAAUUGUCAUAAACUGAGAUUGACUUUUUAUUUGAAGGUUUAUUUUCUUCAUUUUUUAGUUUAAUUGUACUAUAUGUGGUUAAAUUUAAUUUAAACUAUGCAGUCCAGAAUUUUAAACACAUUUGCUCUGACUAAACAUUUUGAAUGUGUAGCAACUUUGUUUAAUAUAUACAGGGUUCAAAUGAGCAUUUUAGAAUUAAGUGUUGUCUUUGCGAAACAUUUUACAAAAAAAACUUUAAAAUUGCAAAUCUUAUUUUUCCAUCAUUCUGAUCAAUCACCUAUUUCUUUGAUUGUUGCAAUAAAUCUGACAAGGAAUCAUUGGUAAAUUAGGUUUUUUACUUUACAGUCAAUGUAUUUUUGCAAAAAGACCUGCACCAGUUGCACUGUGUUGAUUCUCUUUAAAGCAAUAAAUGCUCCUCUCGUUUCUAUAGUUUUCCAGUUUUUCAUAGGAGAAGUUUGUGAUAUAUUUUAGCUUUCCAGGAAGUCACUUAUUAGGGAGAGGUUUAUGUUAAAGAAUUUUUUA